AUGUUCGACCAAGCCACGAAUAUGGGCGAUGAGAUCGCCGAGGAUCGCAACAACCACCGCCUUGGAUCCAACUCUCAGUGCCGUGACGGGAUAGACAAAUGCCAUACCGAACUUGGGGGCAGGUCGCCGGUGCAGAGCACAACCGAUACCCCGGGUACAUCGGCUUCCACCCCGACCUCCUCCAGUGAAGACGGGCAUGAUAAACUUUUAGGAGUGGACCCAGACUACUGCCGGAGGAUUUUAGUUCGAGAUGCCAAGGGCACCAUCCGGGAGAUCGUGUUGCCAAAGGGUCUGGACCUCGACAGGCCAAAACGAACCCGGACAUCAUUCACCGCCGAGCAGCUCUACAGACUCGAGCUGGAGUUCCAGCGCUGCCAGUACGUUGUCGGCCGCGAGCGCACUGAGCUGGCGAGGCAGCUGAACCUGUCCGAAACACAGGUCAAAGUGUGGUUUCAGAACCGUCGUACCAAGCAGAAGAAAGACACAACCAAAGACUCUGACAAGCGCUCCUCCUCCACCUCCGAGUCGCUGGCCACCUGUAACAUCCUGCGCCUCCUUGAGCAGGGGCGCCUCCUCUCCGCCCAGCCCCCCAACCCCCUACUGGGCACCCACCACCCAGGAAACAGCUCUCUUUUGGGCAGCCCUGGAGGCUCCUCCUCCUCGCCGGGUAACAGCACACCACCGAGAAAUGGCGUUCAUGGGAUGGGCGGGACUUUCGGGCUGUCGUUGCCCUCCCUGGGUGGGACUCCGCCCUCGUCGCGUCUGGGCGUGCCGCAGUCGCACUCACUGUGCUUCUCCAUGCCACUGCUAGGGGGUGCUCAUCAUGAACUGGCAUCCGGGUAUGGGUGCGGAUCCUCUGCGUUCGAACCCUACAUGCGGCUGGACAGGAUCUCCAAGGAUGGCGAUCUGACUGGGAAGAAGACAGUUUCCUAA